AUGGCCAGUCAGCUCUCGCCUCCACCAGGAGGUAAGACAGUCCUGUUGUUCGGCUGUCAAGCCAUCCAAUUCGAUGCCAACGACUUCUGCCACCUCCGGCAGGUCAUCCUGGAUACGCCCGACAACCACUGGGUGCUGGAUGUGCUGGCCGAGCUGCCCGUAUACUGGCGCACUGCCAUCAAGUUCCUGCCGGCGCUGCAGGCGCUUCCCGGCGAGCAACAGCUGCGGGAUCUGAACCAGUGGAUUCGGUCCGGGAAAGUCGCCGAUCAUCAUUUCCCGCUGCCAUACCUCCAGCAUGCCCCGCUACUGAUGAUCACUCAUCUGCUCCAGUUCGCGCGCUACCUGCAGCUGACCCACCCAGAUUAUGUUGCGCAUGGCGUCGUGGACACCGAGACGAGCCCGGUGGUCGAGAUCGUGGGGUUUUCUUUCGGCUUUCUCAGCGCGGCUGUUGCGUCGGCGGUCACGAAUCGAAGUCGGUUGCAGGAAUAUGGAGCCGCGGGAAUCCGGCUGGCUUUGCUGCUGGGAGCGCUGGGCGAUGCACAGGAGAUUCGAGAGAAAUAUACCUCCUUGACAACGGUGUGGAAGAAGCCGGAACUAGAAGGGAGUUUGUCAAAGGUGCUAGAGGAGCACCCAGAGGCGUACAUUACGGUCCGAUAUGAUGCGAAUCGUGCCACUAUUAUGACGCCGAGGAGCAGCCUCGGCCGGUUGCAGCAAUCCCUACAGGCGGCUGGAUUCUCCGCAUAUCAUAUCAACUUCAAUGGGCGCUAUCAUUGGCCGGGACACCAGAAGCUCUUGCAUGGGCUGUUCCAAAUGUGCGACGCGGAUGUGGCGCUGCAGCUCCCAGAUGCCUCGCAGUUACCGCGGCACACGUGGACCAACAUCACCAAUGAACCGAUCUAUGAGGGACCUCUGCACCAGUUGGUGCUGCGCUCCAUCUUGGCGCAGCAAUGCCAGUGGGGCCCGACUUUCGCAGCCGUCCACGGAUCCCAGCUGGAAAAUACGCAGUCCAUAGUGGUGGAAUUUGGGUCGGAGCGCUGCGUUCCCCCUUCGUUUUUGCGCACGCUCGGGAGCCGUGUGGUGCAUUAUGGCGAUCUGAGCUUGGAUUUCCAGUCGCGCGUUUCGUCGCUUCGCUCGGCACCGACAAUCUACGACGAUGACAUUGCUGUAGUGGGUAUGGCCUGCCGGGUGGCUGGCGCAGACGAUCUGGAGGAAUUCUGGAAGAUUUUGUGUUCGGGCGAAUCGCAGCACAGGGAGAUGCCACCAGAGCGAUACAAAGGUUAUGAGACGCCGUGGAGGCCGGGCGCGAUUCGUCCUUGGUGGGGUAAUUUUGUGAGCGAUAUCGAUGCCUUUGACCACAAAUUCUUCAAAAAGGUGCCGAGAGAAGUCAUGUCCCAGGAUCCACAACAACGUUUGUUCUUGCAAGUGGCAUAUCAGGCUUUGCAGCAAGCGGGUUAUUUCCACAAAAAAAUCACGAGCAAGGACAUUGGGUGCUAUGUGACCUGCUGCACUGUGGACUAUGAACAUAAUGUGAACUGCCACGCUGCCAGCGCCUAUGCUGCCACUGGCCUGCUACGAAGCUUUCUGGCUGGGAAGGUGAGCCAUUACUUCGGAUGGCACGGACCGGCGCUUUGCAUCGACACGGCAUGUUCCGGUUCUGCCGUUGCGCUGCACCAUGCCUGCCGGGCAAUUCUUCAGGGAGACUGUAAGGCUGCCUUGGUCGGAGGCGCCAACGCGAUUACCAGUCCACUGGCGUAUGACAAUCUCAAUGGAGCGUCCUUCGUCUCUCCCACUGGACCCUGCAAGCCAUUCGAUGAAAAAGCAGAUGGUUAUUGCCGUGGAGAGGGCUUUGCCGCCAUCUUCAUCAAAAGGAUGUCCGACGCACUGGCUGAUGGGGACACCAUUUUGGGCACUAUCGCCGCCACAGCAGUAGAGCAAAACGACAACUGCACCCCUCUGGUCGUCCCUCACGCGCCGUCGCUGGCAGGCUUAUUCGACAAAGUCAUUCGUCAGUCUCACAUCCGCCCGCAUGAAAUCUCGGUAGUAGAAGCUCAUGGCACCGGAACACAAGCUGGCGACCCGGCUGAAUAUAGUAGCGUCAGGCAGGUGAUGGGUGGUCCACAACGAGCAGUCCCGCUGACAUUGGGAUCAGUCAAAGGUCUGGUUGGUCAUACUGAAGCGGUCUCUGGCAUGGUGGCGCUGGUCAAAGUGCUCCUGAUGAUAAACGAGGGAAAACUCCCACCGCAACCCAAUUUCAGUACCUUGAACCCGCACAUUCAGGCGGCCGCCGACGACCAGAUCGAGAUCACCACCAAACUAAAACCAUGGCAAACUGACUUCCGAGCAGCGCUGAUAAACAACUAUGGUGCGUGCGGAUCUAACGCGUCCAUGGUGGUCACCCAGCCACCUGGUUUUCGAUCCCGUCGCAGUGCCUCCGCGAUUCAUCUCCCAGACAUCUCCCUCCCCUUUCGAUUUUGUGCUUUGGACGAGCACCGUCUGCGUGAUUAUGCACGAAAGUUCUACUGUCUUUUGCAACGCCAGAUCGUAUCUACCAACCAUCUUGCGUCUCUGGCUAAUAUAUCAUUCAAUGUUGCUCGGCAAUCUAGCCCGAUGCUCGAUAAGCACCUCAUCUUCAGCUGUAGCUCACUGAAAGAGCUCGAGUCGAAACUGCUUUCCUUUAUUGACGGAGACGAGAGCCGCACCAUUCAGAUGCGUAAGUCUGCUCGUCCCGUGGUAUUGUGUUUCGGUGGCCAGGUGUCAACAUCGGUCGGUCUGGAUCGCACCGUAUACGACACCAUGAGUAUCUUGCGCAAGCAUCUCGACGAAUGCAGCAAGAUACUGGAAUCGCUUGGAUAUGAGGGUCUCUAUCCCAGUAUCUUCGAAUCGACCCCAGUUACCGAUCAGGUCAAGCUCCAGACACAACUAUUCGCUUUGCAGUAUGCCAGCGCUCGAUCGUGGAUGGACUGUGGCCUCUCAGUAACUGCCGUCGUGGGCCAUAGCUUUGGAGAAUUGACGGCGCUCUGCAUUUCGGAGGUACUGUGCCUGGAGGACGCGCUCAUUCUGGUCGCUAGGCGGGCGACUUUGAUUCGCGAUAAAUGGGGAACAAACCCCGGGGCCAUGAUGGCCGUCGAAGGCGAGCUUCAGGAAAUCGAGCAUCUGCUAGCCGAGGCCGCAGUGUCUGUCCCUACGGGCACAUCUCCUGCUAGUAUCGCAUGUUUCAACAGCCCACGUAGCUAUACGUUAGCCGGUGCGACCGAAGCAAUGAGCGCAGUGCGUGUGCUGCUUUCGACGCAGCCCGAAUUUUCUCGGCUCAAAUAUAAGAGUCUGGAUGUGACGAAUGCUUUCCACUCGUCUUUGAUUGAUCCCCUCAUUCCAGAAUUAAUGAGGACGACCAAUGGAUUGACAUUCCGCGAGCCAAUCCUGCAUCUAGAGCGGGCGACUCAGGAUCCAUGCACCGGUGUACCUUCCCCGACGAUUGUGGCUGAGCAUCUCAGGCAGCCAGUGUACUUUACACAAGCUAUUGCGCGCCUCGCAGAGAAAUACAAGUCAUGUAUUUGGCUCGAGGCCGGUUCCAGUUCAACAAUCACGGUGAUGGCCAGUCGAGCGCUAGGAUCAAGUGCUGCCGCAAACCACCGGUUCCAAGCCGUCAACAUCACAACCCAGAACGGAGUCCAAAGCUUGACAGAUAACACGAUCGCUCUUUGGAAAGAAGGGGUCUCGGUAUCAUAUUGGGCACACCAUUCAUCUCAGACACCCGAGUAUGACUUUAUCUUUCUUCCGCCAUACCAAUUCGAGAAAAGCAGGCACUGGAUGGAAAACAAGCCCUUGCCCACAUCUAGUCCCAUGAAUGCUCCCGAAGUAAAAGAAGAAAGGCCACAAUUCCGGUUCCUGGGAUACCAAGACGCAGCGAAGAGAGUCGCUAAGUUCUCCAUCGACACCACGCAUCCCAGCUAUCGCGAAGCUGUGUCGGGACAUAUCGGUGCCCAAACGGCGCCUCUUGCACCGGCUUCUUUCAUGCUCGAUAGCGUUGUUGAAGCGCUGCGAAGCUUGCCAGAGGGCAAAGACAGAGUCCCGCAAGUCAAAAAUGUCACCAGUGAUGCACCACUAGGGCUAGACGAAAGACAAAAUGUCCACAUCACCCUGACCGCUCAGAGCACUGACAAGAGGGUCUGGGACAUGGAAUACACUAGCGAGGAUCCUGAGAAAGGUGCACGGUCCCGGGUAUUACAUUGCGCUGCCCGGAUCAAGAUGUUCAAGGCAGAUGAUCCCACGCUCCAAGGCGAGUUCUCGCGCUAUGGUCGCUUGGUCAGUCAUCGUCGAUGCCGUGAGCUUCUCGAUAGCUCCGAUGUGGACGAUAUUCUGCAAGGGCGGAAUGUUUACCGGGCGUUUUCCGAGGUCGUGGAUUACGCCGAGCCUUACCGCGGUGUGCAUAAGUUGGUGGGUAAAGGCAAUCAGUCAGCCGGUCGAGUCGUCAAGAAGUACUCAGGAAGGACCUGGGCGGACACGUUUUUGUGUGACUCAUUCAGCCAAGUCGGUGGAUUCUGGAUUAAUUGUAUGACGGAUCGUUCAGCGUCGCAAAUCUACAUCGCCAGCGGUAUGGAGCUGUGGAUGCGAACGCCAUUGUAUGCUGACCCAGAAACGCCACGCCCUGAGACUUGGGACGUGUUGGCGACACAUGAACGGGGAGAUGGUUUCUACACCAGUGACAUCUUUGUUUUCGAUUCGGAAAAAGGUCAACUGGUAGAAACAUUCAUUGGCAUGAAAUAUUCCUGUGUCCCGAAGGCAGUCUUCAGCAAGAUCCUCAGCAAGUUGGGCUCGAGUGCCACUCCUCAACGUGCUCAAGGCGCAGUUACGACAAAAGCAGACUCAGCACCGAAGGUGACUACGAGUGAGGCCGUGUCAAAACCAAAACCAUCCAAGGGACAGGCUUCUAAUCUGGUCGUACGCAUCAAAGGUGUAGUUGCUGACUUCUGCGCCGUGGAUCCGAGCGAGAUACACGACGACGGCAAUAUGGCUGAUGCAGGCGUCGAUUCUUUAAUGGCCAUGGAGUUGGCACGAGAAAUGGAGGAAGUCUUCAAGUGUACUUUGCCAGCAACCGACUUAGUGGAGGCAGAGACAUUCCGAGACCUAGUGCGAGCGGUGCAGAAUGCCAUAGGAAUCGAACCGGAUGAGGCGGCGUUCGACGAGGAUCAGAGUAGCGACAGCGGAACUGCUUCUUAUACCGAGUGUGACUCCGAGUCAGAUGCUAUUGAUGCCGCCACCACUGAAUCUGUAACUAGCAUGAGCACCGACACGCCCGAGCUGCAUCUACCACAUGACCUGAUCCUUGAUGCUUUCGCUGAGACCAAAGCCCUGACCGACAAGUUUGUCUCCGAAAACCACUGCAGUGGGCGUGUGCUUAGCUUCAAUCCGGUUCAAAUGCAGCUGUGUGUGACCAUGACUUUGGAAGCAUUCGAGGAGCUGGGGUCACCCAUCCGAAGUGCACGGCCAGGUCAGCGGCUGGAGCGGAUCAAGUUUGAUGCACAGCACGAGGAGUUAGUGCAAUACCUCUAUCGCCGACUAGAGGAGGCUCGCCUGGUGCAGCUGAAUGACGGGGCUAUCGUCCGUACAAGCUUGGAGUGGACCACGAUGUCCAGUACUGCCAUUCUUGAAGAGAUCGGUCGUACCUACCCAGAGUUCGUCGGCGCCAGCAAGCUUGCCUUUUAUACGGGCAACAAAUUAGCCUCAGUGUUGCGCGGUGAAAGAGAUGGUCUACAGCUGAUUUUCGGCACGAAAGAGGGCCAGGAGCUCGUCUCGUGGAUGUACGGUGACGAAUCGCACAAUGUCAGCGGGUAUAAGCAAAUGCUGGAUUUCCUCCAGCGGCUCGUACAGAAGCUUGGUAGCCGUCCAGGGACAGGUCCUCUGAAAAUCCUUGAAAUGGGUGCCGGUACCGGCGGAGGAACCAAAUGGUUUCUGCCCACGUUGGCCAAACUUGGGAUACCUAUUGAAUAUACCUUCACUGACAUCUCGCCUGCCUUUCUGGCACAGGCUCGUCGGCGCUUCAAAGAAUAUCCCUUUGUGCAAUACCGCGUGCAUGACAUUGAGAAGCCCCCAGCAGAUGAUCUAGUGGGCACCCAGCAUGUCAUCAUCGCUAGUAAUGCGGUACAUGCAACGUCAAAUCUACAGAUCUCGACCGGAAAUAUGCGUCGAGCAUUACGUCCUGACGGGGUGGUUAUGAUGCUCGAGAUGACUCGGCCCCAAUUCGCAAUUGACAUUGUUUUCGGACUCUUUCGUGGCUGGUGGGUAUUCAAUGACGGGCGAACUCAUGCCAUCACUAGCGAACACCGUUGGGAAGCCGACCUUCAUGCCGUUGGUUACGGUCACGUUGACUGGACAGAUGGUCAUUCAGCUGAAGCGAGCAUCCAACGAGUGAUAUUUGCUACUUCUACUGGAGAGCAACGCGGACGGCUUCCUCUGGGGCCAUAUUUGUCUCAUGUGAGCCUCCUUGCCAGUGUUGACAACGUUGCUCGAAAUCAGGCGACUGACAAGUAUAUUCGUCGCAGUAUUGAAGGCUUCACUGAACCCCUAGCGGUCGUAACUCCCGUGAUUGGACCAGUCGCCGUGCUUGUUACGGGAGCGACAGGGAGCUUGGGUAGUCACCUAGUUGCACACUUGGUGCAACUGCAGAAUGUUAGUCGGGUUAUCUGCCUCAACCGACGAGGAAAAAAGGAUCCAUUUCAGCGACAACAGAGGGCCUUUGCGGAGCGGCGUCUCGACCUAACACCUCAGGAGUUUGAUAAACUCACGGUGAUCGAGACAGAUAUGGGAGAAAAACAGCUUGGUCUAUCAGAGAAACAAUACCACUUUGUACAGACGAGUGUCACGCAUAUUAUCCACAAUGCUUGGCCGAUGAAUGGCGCCCGUGGCCUGGCCGGGUUCGACUCUCAAUUUCAGACCAUGCGGAAUCUGGUUGAACUCGCGCGCGAUAUCGCAUCGGUCCGGCCAACAAAAGAGCGAGUUGGUUUCCAGUUCAUAUCCUCUAUUGGUACAGUCGGAUUUCGCCCUCUGGUGACGGGAGAACCAGAGGUCCCAGAAGAUCGAACCGUGAUUGACUGGGUAUUGGCUAAUGGAUAUGGCGAAGCCAAAUUCGUCUGCGAGCGGACACUACAUCAUACCUUGAUGAAGUAUCCAAAGCGGUUUAAUGCCAUGAUUGUACGACCUGGUCAAAUCGCAGGCUCAUCGCUGAGCGGGUACUGGAAUAGUGCGGAGCAUCUACCCGCUUUGCUCAAAUCGGCGCAAGCAAUCAAGGCAUUGCCUGAUUUUGGAGGAGUGUUAUCCUGGACGCCAGUCAACGUCGUGGCAGCCACUCUGAGCGAGCUCCUGUUUACCGAAGAAGCCCAUUCUGUCUACCAUGUUGACAAUGCGGCUCGUCAACCGUGGCGGGAGAUGAUGCCCAUCCUCGCGCAAGAACUGGGGAUCCCUAAGAAUAAUUUACUGCCUUUUCCCGAGUGGAUCCAACGUGUCCAGACUUUCGAGGGUCCCCGCGAGGACAAUCCGGCUGGAGUGAUGGCAGACUGGCUGGCUAAUAACUUUGAGCGCAUGUCUUGUGGGGGUUUGUUGCUGGCGACAGCGCGUGCCCAACAAGACGCGUCCACGCUGCAGAGCCUAGGCCCUGUUGAUCGGGAGACAGUGCGCGGAUACGUGCAGUAUUGGCACGAUCACGAUUGGCGCCUUCAGUACUGCCUACUCGUGUCAGCAGUGCCUGUGAAAGAUGCCGUCUCCACAAAUCCCGGUGUGAUCCAUAUCGUCCCUGCUCGCUGUGUGUACGAGCCAACGUUGAAUGCCGUCAACGUCCCGCGAUCCAGCGUCAGACCCGAAACGUUUCAACGUAAGCUUCUGCUCGUAGGACCAUGGAAGAAACCUAGACGCAGAUUACCUAGUACUCAUGGGAGAACAUCUCGUCGCCAGCGACAAGCAGGCAAGCCUCGAGGCCAGAAGUCGUUGGAGAAUGCGACCGUUGGAAACAGUGUUCCGACUACCACGCCGCUGAGCAGGUCGACGGACAACCGCGCCCCAUACAACCCCAGGGCUUCUUCCAUUGAACCGGGAGAGGCCGAAUCUGCUAUGGGGAUUGCUCGCAAGAUCUGUGAGCUCGGCAGCCAGCACUUGGACGAACAAAAUACCUCGGCCAUUCCUGGCUACUCUGGCAGUGAAUGCGUCCUGCCUGUCCCUGGCACUGCCGCAAAUCGUCAACCUAUUUCCGCCAUCCUAGGUCAACCGUUUCCUGAGCCCGAGGUCAUGUAUAGCUUGUUGGAUGAAUACUUUGACGCGGUUCAUUGGUUUUCUCUAGUAAUCUAUGAGCCUAAGUUUCGGCGGAAGCUUCGAACCGUCGCCGAUGGUUGCGCGGAUCCCACUCAGCGGCCCUUCCUCUUAUUACUAGCAGUCGUACUUGGCAUGGCAGCCUGGUAUCGGGCAUAA